AAAAGAAAUAUUACGCGAUGAGCGGGAAGCGAAAUACAAGCCCGCGCGGCACACUCGGAGCCCGCAAAUUCGCGAGGGUUACACCUCUAGCUACAGCAAGCUCUUCGGCAGAAGCAUCGUGGACUGCUGGUGAAGCCACCUCUUCGUCUUUAUAUCCUGUUGUAGACGCCGCGUCUUUGGUGCAGUCGCCGUUUGUGGUGUCGGCAACUUCGGUCCAUCUAGAUCAUGGAGCCACAAGCAACAGGUGCGACGCAGAUCUUUUCGAAGCCAUCAACGCAGUGAUUGGAUCCGAGUCCGAGAGUGAUGCUGCUGUUGAUUUUCGUGAAAAUGUGGCCGUUGCUGGCACCGAGGAAGCCGUGGUUGAUACCAGAGUUGAGCACGUGGUUAGUUGGACUGUUCGUAAACCUGGAAAGGUGAUACCGCCAACAUGCAACGACUACGACCAGUGGACAGUCGUUCAGCUUCGAAAAGAGUGUACUGAAAGGAAGUUUCUGCUUGGAAGAAAAGUGAGUAGACCUGAGCAGAUCAGACGGCUCAGAGCGUAUGAUGCUGCACGCAGAGCUGCGCAGUCUUCAGUGGACGAAGGGUAUCUGAUGGAGUCCAGCCCACGCAAAACAAAACACUGCAUGAUUCGUCUCCUCAAUAUUCUUUUCUCGGAUCACUUUGCGGAGAAACUUGCUUCGUCGGACGAUACAGCGACCCGUGACCAAAUUGAUGCCGGGGAAGUGAACAAAAAAACCGCGUUCUGGAAGGAAGUAGGUGUUGUGUAUCGCACCAAUACGACUGACUUCAAUGAACUUUUCGCUGAAGCAGCAAACGACCCUCGCUACGAAGGUAUUAAUCCUUCGGUGAUUGUAGAGCACAACACAGCAAAGCUCUACGACAUGAGGAAAUCGGUGAACGGCAAGUUUGUGAAGGCGUUAGCUAGAUUCAAUGUGUCUGGACAAAACUCCAACGAGUUCUACGAUUUUUGCGACGCGAAUUUAGAGGUCCUCUAUCUUCGAGUGUGCACGGGGGUGAAACCAGAGCUAAUGGAUUUUGUCAGUGGUGGCAUGCACGAAGAAGACGAAAUCGACUCGCUCAAUAUGCCUGUGUCGGAGAAACCUGUUGCUCAGGUAAAAUCAUCGAAAUGGCAAGACCAAGUGCUCGCGACGAUCAAUCGCAAGGUCGACAUCUUCGCAAAAACUCCACAAUCUGCUGUAGCUCUCUCAACGAGUCGCAUUUCACGCGAGACCCUUGAUGAAGGUUUACUGCUGGGACGAAUUGCGAAGCUGCAGCAAAUGAUCGACCAGGUAAAGGAAAGCCAACGGAAGAUGGAGCUAAGCGGGUUUUCGGACCCCUCACUAGCUAAAAGCGUCGACUUAUAUCAGCAGCGUUUGCAGUACUACGAAAGCCGCCUUGCAGAUUUGGAUUAGAUCCUCGUCGUACCGGUGGAAAUCUCGAACCGAGUUUUGAUUUAUUUAUCUCAUCGUUAUUUGUUUUAGUCUGGAUUAAGCGCUGCAACCAUCAAGGUUAAGCUUGGAUAUCUAUUCGUUCUCCUUCUC